UACAGUCAAUUCGUGUGAGAUCGGGGACAAACCACAUGCCUGGUUCGGGUUUAGUCCUCUAGGUUUGCUGUAAUCAACAGGUUGAAAGUCAAAGGAUUUUUUUUUCUUUCUGCCGGUACCGCAUAUCUAGUUGAAGGGAUGCGUCUCUCUGUACCCAUUUUCCUUUUCUUAUGGGUUAAAGCCCUGACAUUGAAAAAUCUCAGUUAUUCUGUCCCGGAGGAGCAAGGACCUGGCACUGUUAUCGGAAAUAUAGCAAAAGAUGCCGGAUAUGGGACCAUAGAGAGAGGGAAAAAAUCUAACUUCAGAGUGCUGGAGAAUUCUGCACCACAUCUGGUGGAUGUUGACCCAGAGAGUGGACUUAUCUUCACCAAACAAAGGAUUGACAGGGAAACGUUAUGCAGACGCAACCCAAAGUGCCAGCUCUCUAUGGAGGUGUUUGCCAACGACAAGGAAAUAUGCAUGAUCAAGAUUGAUAUACAGGACAUAAACGACAACUCGCCUAGUUUUCCUUCAGAUCACAUUAAUAUUGAUAUUUCAGAAAAUGCAGCUGCUGGGACACGUUUCCCUCUGACAAUUGCACACGACUCAGAUUCUGGGGAAAAUGGAAUAAAGACCUAUCAGGUCACAAGAGAUGAUUACAAUACAUUUUCUUUGGAUUUAAAAGUGAGGGGUGAUGGGACUAUAUAUCCAGAGCUGGUCGUUCAGAGACCUCUGGAUAGGGAGGAUCAGAGCCAUCACACCCUCCUCUUAACAGCAAUUGACGGUGGGGAAUAUCCAAGAUCAGGCUCUAUGCAAAUCAAUGUUAGAGUGACUGAUUCAAAUGACAACAGCCCAGUUUUUGAAAAAUCUUCUUAUGUGAUAGAGAUUCCAGAAAAUUCACCACCAGGAAAAGUGCUCAUAGAUUUGAAUGCCACUGACCAAGAUGAAGGGAGCAAUGGGCAGGUGGUCUAUUCCUUUACUGGGUAUGCAUCAGAAAGAAUGCAAGAUCUGUUUUCCAUUGACCCAAACACCGGCGUCAUCAAGAUUCAGGGAGAAAUUGACUAUGAAGAGAAUCCCAUCAUAGAGUUUGAUGUGCAGGCUAAGGACCUGGGGCCCAACCCAAUACCAGGCCAUUGCAAAAUUACUGUCAAAGUGCUUGAUAAAAAUGACAACUGGCCUAUAAUAAGUUUUGUGUCUGUGCGGCAGGGAGCCAUCAGUGAGGCAGCACCUCCAGAAUCUGUUAUUGCACUAGUCAGAGUAACAGAUAAAGAUUCUGGCAGAAAUGGUCAACUUCAGUGCAGAGUGCUGGGAAAUGUUCCCUUCAGACUGCAGGAAAACAAUGAUAAUUUCUACACCCUGCUUACAGACAGACCUUUGGACAGGGAACUGAAAGAUGAAUACAAUGUAACAAUUGUAGCCAGAGACAAUGGGAUCCCUUCCUUGAACUAUACUAAGUCAUUUACUGUGAAGAUCUUGGAUGAAAAUGACAAUGCGCCACGUUUUACCAAGUCAGUGUAUGUGCUUCAGGUGCCUGAGAACAACAUCCCAGGGGAAUAUUUAGGCUCUGUUCUGGCCCACGAUCCAGAUAUUGGUCGAAACGGAACAGUGUCGUACUCCAUUCUGCCAUCACACAUCGGAGAUGUGUCAGUAUACACCUAUGUGUCUGUUAAUCCCACCAACGGAGCCAUAUAUGCCUCACGGUCUUUUAAUUAUGAGCAGACUAAAUUUUUUGAGUUCAAAGUUCAAGCUAAAGACGCAGGAUCUCCUCAUAUGGAGAGCACCUCUACAGUCAGGGUCAGUGUCCUUGAUGUCAACGACAAUCUUCCAGUUAUUAUUCUACCACUGCUACAGAAUGAUACUGCUGAAAUCCCAGUGCCUAGAAAUGUAGGCAUAGGAUACAUUGUGGCCACUGUGAAAGCGGUGGACCAUGACCACGGAGAAAGUGGCCAUUUGACCUAUGAGAUCUCAGAGGGAAAUGAUGAUCACCUGUUUGAGAUGGACCCGGUGGCAGGCGAGGUCAGAACUGCCCACGCUCUUUGGGAGGAGGUAGCCUCAGUGGUUGAGCUGGUGGUGAAGGUAACAGAUCAUGGCAAGCCCCCCUUGUCUGCUGUUGCUAAGCUGAUCAUUAAGGCUAACACAGAAACUGCAACAGGAGGGGGCUCCAGUGCAAGUGGGGAACAGCAGCACUGGGAUGUAUCCCUGCCCCUCAUAGUUACCCUCUGCAUUAUCUCUGUCAUGCUCUUAGCAGUCAUGACUGCCAUUGCUGUCAAGUCCAAGCAUCAAGAUAAGGAGACUGGGAAUUAUAACUGCCGCAUGGCUGAGUACUCCAAUCCUCCAGUGGGGAAGGGCAAAAAGAAAAGGAUCAACAAGAGUGACAUCAUGCUGGUGCAGAGUGAGAUGGAGGAAAGAGAUUCAGCAAGCCGGAUGAAUGUGGUGAGCAGCCCCUCUCUCAUCACCUCGCCAAUCUGUUUCGACUACCAGAGCCCUCUGCCCCUCACCCUGCCCAGGUCGGAGGUCAUGUACCUGAAAACCACCCCCAACAGCCUGACAGUCCCCAGGGCAGCUUGCCACUCCAGCUUUGCCGGGCUUAGCUCAGACACUCCAGCAAAUAGGAUGUCAGUGAUACAGACGGAUAAUUUUCCCUCAGAGCCCAAUUAUGUUGGCAGCAGGCAGCCAUUUGUUCAAAGCUCAACAUUUAAGGAUGCAGAACGAGCAAGCCUCCGAGACAGUGGCCAUGGUGAUAGUGACCAGGCUGAUAGUGACCAGGAUACUAAUAAAGGCUCACACUGCGACACGUCUGCCAGGGAGGCCCUCAAGAUGAAAGCAACAGCAGUUAAUGGCCAGCCUCUUGAGCAGGGGCAAGACAAAUCAGUCCACUGCACUGAUGAAUGCCGUGCACUGGGACAUUCUGACAGAUGCUGGAUGCCAAAGUUACGGGUAGGAAGCCAAGCAGACAGUGCCGAUAAUCGCACCAACCUUUUCAUCCCUGUGGGAAUGGAGGCCAUGGUAGAGACAGAGAUUUAUGGCACCAUCAGCUGCAGCAGCAGAAAAACCCUCAGCACGUUUGGAAAGGAGCAGCGGGACAGUACAAUCCUAGUGGCCAAUGUCAAACCCUACUUAAAAUCCCAGCGUGCACUAAGCCCACCACUGCAGGAGAGUCCAUCUGUGUCCAGUAGCCCCACCAAGAAUAGUAUGCCCCAGGACUUGCCCGACCAAGAGUCCAAAGAAGAGCGGGAGGGCGGUUCAGACAGCAGUGCCUAUGGCCCACCAGAUGGCCAGUGUUCACCACCACACACAGAAUUAGAGGAGCCCCCCUACCUGACCUGCGAGCUCAGGCCCAAGUCCCUGUCAAGCAGUCUCAUUCACAGCUCUGUCAUCAGCCAGGAGUGUGGGGGGUCAGAGUGUGCUCUUGACCCACGGGACUCUGGGAACUGACAGGUCAGAUGCUCCCACUUGCUCUCACCUGCCAGGGGUGUGAUGAUGAUAUCACAGAUAAAUGACCAAGAGGUGAUUCAUUUUGACCCACAGAGGUUCCCGACACGCAUUGUAUAACCAAAAACCAUCUGCUUUGUAUGUUUUUUUGAGUUUGUGACUUGUUGUGUUAAGGUGAAAUAUGUGUCCUUGACUGCUGUGAAGGUAUGGGGAGAAAAUCAUCGCUUAUCUGACUCUUCAAGUGUUUUCAUGGUGUACUGUACCUGUCAGUUUAGAUGUCUGUAUUUUACACAUUUCAAGCUCCAAUUUUGUGAGGCUGUUGAACGAAUUGCUACUGUUAAGCUAUUGAGUCCUGUCUGCUUUUGUACAGUGAUGCUUUUUGUCUCCAUUUUGUGUAUAAGAAACAUCUCUUCGGAUAUCGCAGGCAACUGAAAUACAUAUCAGUGACGUUAAAUACAAAAGUGAAGUGUCUUAUG